UCGUCAAUGACGUCACCUCAGUUUGAGUUUUGUCAGGCGAUCGGCUCAGUAGUAUCAACUUGCUGACCAGUCAGUGUAUGCACUGUAAGCAUCUCUGGAGAAUAAAACAGGAUUUUAGGAACCCUGUAGAUCACCUUCGUCCUAUUAGUUUUUUUGACUCAAAGGAUUUCUAUGAACUGAAGUGAAGAAGAUGAGUCUGAGGUUAGAACCGCUCCAUCCUGGCCCCAGUGCCGUCAGCUCCGAUGUGGAACGGGCUGCUAUGGCUCGGUCUAAAUCCAGCAAUAAAUGCUGCCGCUGCUGUGGACUUACAAGAUUAAUCAAAUUAGACAAAUCAUGGUUUAUCAAGGAUCCAUGUGGUAUCAUCUGUGCUGUGAUGACCUAUCUGUUGAUUGGCUACGGCCAGUUUGCUGUCAACGUGGUGCUGUUACUACCGGCAGGGAUCCAGCCCUACACAGUCAUCCAUGGAAUCCUCUUCAAUAUGUUUGCUAUCUUCGCUGCAGUAUCACAUGCAAGAUCCAUGCUCACAGACCCAGGUGCAGUUCCACUGGGCAAUGCAACCAAAGAGCACCUCAGCACGCUAGGGUUAAAGGUCGGUCAGGUCGUCUACAGGUGUCCAAAAUGUAUCAGUAUCAAGCCUGAGAGGGCGCACCAUUGUAGCAUUUGUCAAAGAUGUAUCAAAAAAAUGGAUCAUCAUUGUCCUUGGGUGAAUAACUGCGUUGGAGAAUCAAAUCAGAAAUAUUUUGUCCUAUUUACGAUGUAUAUAGCCUUGAUGUCAGGUCAUGCUCUUAUCCUGGUCAUCUCGCAUUUUAUGAGCUGCGUCAAUACUUCAUGGGCAAGUGAAUGCAGCUUUUUCUCGCCACCAGCCACCGUGAUCUUUAUGUUGGCCCUGACUGUAGAAUCCAUGCUCUUUGUUCUCUUCACGGCUAUCAUGUUCGGCACCCAGGUCCAUGCUAUCUGUACUGACGAAACAGGUAUCGAGCAGCUGAAGCAGCAGAAGGCCACGUGGCAGAAGAAGACCCGUUGCCUCGCCUUCCGGAUGGUCUGUGGCAGCAAGAUGUCUUUAAGUUGGCUCAACCCUUUCUAUACGCCCAACCACAAUGCAGGCAAGGAACUCACCUACAUGUACCAUGUAUAGUCUCUGAUGACAUCGCAGUCAUCGCUUCUCUCAGGGUCCGAUUGUGAAUGAAUGGAAAGACCCAAUGCCAUCGGCUAGGCCAAUGCAGCCUAGCCUAGCCCAGCAAAUCUUAAAUUCUUUGUAGAAUAUAUCUGACAAUACCCAGUAAUGAAGCGUCAUAAACACUCUUAGAACAAUUAAAGUGCCUGUGAAUGUAAUGGAUAAUUAAAUGGCUGACCACCAUGAAACUUACCUAGGUCGGCCCUGUGAUGGCAGCCCCAAAAUUGUUGUUUUUGAGAUGUAAAUUUCCUUGAUUUUAUUGACAUGAGAUGCAUUAUAUCAAGUUAUAUAUCUUCACAGUGAUAAGAAACUUAUAUUAUUCUAGAUGUUACUUUUUUUUAAAGGUCACAAUUUUUUUUUUAAUAGAUAUCCAAAAGGGUCACUGGGUAAAACCUAGGGGUUUAGACGCUCGAAAAGGAAGUGACAUUCCAGCUGUGAAUAUAGAAUGAGAGGGAAAAUGAGAGUGCUUCACAAAGACUAAGAUCGACUUUAAGUUGGACUUAAUUAUGGCAGGUCAAUCAUGUCACUGGUUGCUCUCUCCAUUGCUCUCUCAAUCAUGAACUUUAUAUAAUAUUUUUUAUAUAAUAUGAACUAUCAAAAAUUGUAAUUCUGUAGAUUUGUUAACAUGAAUUGUAUGUCCCUUGAGAGACCAAUGCUAGUAAAUGGUGAGAGAAACAAUGGCAUGAACAGCCUGCCAUAGUUAAGUCCAACUUAAACUCGAUCUUAGUCUUUGACAAACACUCCCAUUAGACGUAUACUAUUCACAUGUAACACCUACGAUGGGUUGUCUGGAUGCGACACACGUAAUCUCUAAAUGAAGCAGCGAGAUCGUGGUGGAACCAUCGGGUUAGAAGGGUCCUAGCAUAGGGUAGUCUAUAGCCAUGAUCAUCUACAUUCCUUGCUGAUAUUUACACCAAAAUUCACCCAAAUUAUGGAUGAUAUAUCAAAGCAUCUCGCAUAUGUAUCUUUUGAUAUGAGGAGAGCAACGUGAGACUACAUUGAAUGCCAAUUUUUCAUUUUGCUACCAUAACUGUAAGUAGGCUUUGAAACAAUGCAUUUGUAUUUUUUUUUUAAUGCAAAGUUAUGCACAUCCUUCUAGUUGAGAUUGAUUAUGCUUUAUGCACUUCAUCAAAUCCUGAUCAUAUGUGUGAGUACAUGACAAGCUCGACUUACAGUGGUGAUAAAGAUGUUUUAGGGCUUUCCACAAUACCAGAUAUUGACUGGUAGGAUGUUUGGACCGCAGAGGAGUUAUAUUUUCCCUCGUGAUCAUACAUGUCUUUUCCCUCAGUGAUAUGCCACUUGGUGAAAAUACAACCCUUUGGGAAAAUAUGACCCUUUGUCAGUCAUUUUUUUUUUAAAUAUUGCACACCCUACCAUUUGAUAUCUGUAUAAUCCCCCACAUUGCGUCUAUGCAUUGAGAGUGAUUGAUGUGUCAGUGAAAUGGUUUAUGUUGCUGUGAGAGCAUUAGCUCAACCAUGUCAUCAUGCAAAGUCCACCCAUAGAGGUUGUUGGGAAAGAAAUAUCUAGGGAAAUUUGUGAUGAAAUAUAAAAUUUAUAUAUAUAUAUAGAGAAUCAUGCAGUAUAAUUUGUGCAUUAUUUGAUAACAAAUAAUGUGCCAAUAAGAUUUUGAAAACUUUUUUGUAGAAAUUGGACCUUUUGUAUGAUUAAUAAACGUAAAAACGCAUGAUAAAUUAAUGAUAUUUUAUAUUUCGAUAAAAACCACCACAAGGAUGAUAUACCGGUAACUGUUCUAUGCAGGACUAUCAUGUCUUAUAGCUUCACUUUAAUUUAAUUAGUGGCUGAAGUAUACCUUUCUUCUCUUUAAAUUUUGGGUUCAUAUUCUUAAUCUUAUGGGUGAUGGUGGUGUGGAAAAUAGAUUGUAGUGUCCGUUUUUGUAGUAGGCUUGAUUUUCUCCUGUUUUUCAUUUUGCUUUAGCCAUAGCAUGUAUAGAUGGUAUGAUGGGAUAUAACCCACUCAUACUAACGAUUGGCAUACAAAAUAGUAGGAAUAUAUCUAUCUUAUCUUGCUAUCAAUUAGACUAGACUUGCUUCAUUUCAAUGCCAAUAUUACAAGCUACUAAGCUAGUGACAUAUUUGAAGGCUAUUGCAUUUUUUUAAUGUGGCACGCACUUUGAUUUUGUUUAAUCUCAAGUUAUCUCUGACUUGAUUUUCUUCAGCUGAUUAUUAAAGGUACUGUCAUAGGAAUUUAAGGCAAUAUAAUUUUCAAAAUGGAAAUUGUUUAGGCUUCAGCAGGGGGAUUUUUACAAUUUAAAGUAUAUUUGAAGAAAUGAUGGCUUAGAGUUGAUUGUAGUAGUGCAAUGAAAUGUUGAAAUAUUUGUUUUCAUGUUAGGGACUUAAUAUCUUCAUGUUUGUAUCUUUAGAAAUACAUGUAUCAUGUAUUUAUCAAGUCAAUGCAUUAACUUUUGGAAACAAGAUGGCUCAAGGAGGCAUCUGAGCAAAUCUGUGGUGUGUCUUUCUGACAAGGAUGGUAGGAGGCCCAUCAAAAAUCGUCAUUCACACAUCACGAUUGUGCUAGUCAUGGCAGGCAGGCAUGCACCCUAAGUUUUAUUUCUACCCUAGGUAUUAUGUAGAUCCUAGACACUGCAAAAACCCAAACACUUAGCCAGCUUUUGCAAAUCAUUAAUGACAGCAGUAACCGUGGGAAGAACUUCCAAAAUGGUAAAUCUGAAGCAGCUUGCACAUUGAGUUUCUGCUUUUACAAAGGACAACAGAAGAUUCUUUUGUUGGUCAGAUGCAGCCCUUUGUUAAAAAGAUGCAGGAAAGAUACACCACAGGUUUUGCAAAGGUGCCCGCUAAAGUUUAGCUAGUGCUAGUACGUGAAAUAGGUGACCAUGUUACUGCGCUUUACUAUUGCUUAUUGUAAUGUCAAUGUGAUAGAUUUUCUAUCGCCAUCUGUCUUUCACGCAAGAGGCGUAUACAUGUACAAUUAUGUAGAUAAUAAGUACCGGUAGCUUGUCGUAAAUCUUUAAUGAAUUAGUUAAAACUCACGAAUUGCCUUACCACAGAGUUGAUUAUACAGAACAAUUUAUAUGAGAGAGAUUUGAAAGAUGACUUUAUAAAUGAAUCAGAAUUUUCAGGUACUGCUAUUUUUAUGGUUAUUUCAUUGUUAUUUAAUACAGGAUAUAACCUGUGAAAAUUCCUCUUGAAAGUCGUAACUUUUGAUAUCACUUGAAGGUAAAUUCAAAUCAUGUACUUUUAUACCUACUUGGCCCUGCUGUAAAUUAAAAAUCAAACUUGAAAAUGGAGAUUGCUCUUUUCUAUUGCUUAGUUUUCCUUUCCCCUCAAUAUUUUUUUAAAAGCAUCAUUUAUUGCAAAAGAGAAACUUAGGUCUGUAUACAUUACAAAAAAAAUGUUCUUGUGAGAUCCUAUUAAAAUUGGACUUGCUAUAUAUAUAUAUAUCAAUAUUGAUUGAUAUUUUGCAUGAUACAAGAACAAAAUUAUGGUGCAAAAAUAAUUCACAAUUGCAUUCACACAGAUAGUAUGAAUAUAAAGAAUAAUGCAAAAUGCUUUUUUUUAGAGUAGAAAAUCAUGUGCAUUAAAACGGUUUGAGUAAAUUUGUUUUAAAUUAUUUAUGGUGCAAAACAUGUAUACUUUGAUAUUUUUGUCUAUAGGAUAGUACUUUAUAAUGGUAAAGCGUAUAGGGUGAAUGGUUUUAAAUAUUCUUAUUAUGAAUUCGCUACUUGAAAUACUUUGUUGUACUUUUGUUUGUGUUCACUAUUAAUGUUUUCUGCACCUGGAAUAUGUUCUUUCAUUCUCUUUUGUUGCCGAUGCUGACAUGUACGUUCUUGCUGUGAGGAUUCUUGUUGGGUAAAAUGUGUAGAACCAGAAUGAAAAGUAUUAAGUUAUUAUUACAUACUUCUUUUGGAAAGAAAGUGUAAGAAAAACUGAAUUACUUGUUCAAAUGAAAGUAAUCUCUUAUUAAGUUUUAAGAUUGAUAAAAUUGACAUAUUUUACUUGAUCUGGGCUCUCAUGCAUAUAGUUAUAUUUAAAGACAACUUCAAAAAUGGAAUGCAAGUAUCAAAUAAGUGAUCCUAAUUGGUUGAAAACGAAAUUUCAUUAUUUGUUUAAGUUAAAUAAACACACCUUCCGAUGCAAAAGGGCCCAAUAGGAAAAUUAAAGUAUUAAUUUGUAUCUUUGUCCUAAGAUAAUGAAACAUAAUGUCAAAUGUAGAGAUCUACUUUAUGUAAUGAUAAAGCUAUAAAUAAAUGAUUGGAGUGUUGCUUUGGAUAAACAGAAUAAUCAGUGUAAGAAAGAUAGAAGGUUCAUUUAUGCCUACUGCUUUUAUAUGAAUGUAUACAGAAUAGUCUGUUGUAACUAUGGUGUGGGAAACACACUCACCAUUUGACUACUUUUUAUACAGUGUUUUAUUAGAAUGACAAACUGUCAAAAUCAGGAUCGAGCAAACUGAAAAAAUGUAAGAGUAGGUCGAGUGCUGGGAUAGAUGUAAGAAUUAAUUGUGAGCUCUUUCUUUCUUGUUGUGUAUGGAAGAAUAUUGUAGGAAAAAUAUGUCCCUCAAAUGCCUUCAAAGAAAACCAUAAAUAUCUUUGUGUUUUGAGAAUUUUUCCAUGUCAGAGGGUUAGUAGUAGAAGGAAUAUAAUAAGUAACAUUUCAAUUGCGCAGUUUUUUCACCAACCUUCAACAAUGUUAGUGAGUCACUUUAAUGACAAUAAAUAGCUGAAACGUU